AUGCCCGCACGAGUAUCAACUAGGUCUACGAGGACCUCCGCGGCAGUGUCGCACAAAUCGUCCGCAGCGACCCUUGGCUCUCGAGCAUCAACAGCAUCCCGCUCCUCAUCACUCGCCGCAGAUAUCCCGACCGAAAGACCGGACAAUGAGCUUCGCGGCCAAGUAUGCGCUGUAUUCCGCGAUGCGCAAAGAAACACGGCAUCGCACCGCAAAUUGGUCGUCACGUUGCGCAAGAUCCAGGAAGCUUGCGCAUACGAGCCAACCAGCUUGAAGAAAUCCGCAGCAAACGACUUCGAUGAGGAAGCCUUCAACUCCGAGUUCGUCCGAUGUGUCUUGAGAGUGAUGCCCAUCAAGAAGGCAGAGAGUGUUGGGGAGAAGACGAUUCGAUUUGUCGGAUUCUUCCUACGACAUGCGAACGACAAGGACAACGAGAUUCUUGGAGAGGUCGAUGAGGAUGCUAGCAUCAUGCCCGAGACCCCCAGCACCAGACUUACCAGCUAUCUCAUGAGCACGAUCUUGCCUCUGAUGACAGCCAAGGACAAGUUUGUUCGAUACAGAUCCACCCAGCUGAUUUCUCACAUCAUCAACUCCCUCGACGCCAUCGACGACGAUCUUUUUCAAAAACUUCGUCACGGACUUCUUAAGCGCAUUCGUGACAAAGAGGCAAUGGUUCGUGCACAGGCAGUUCUGGGCCUGGGACGUUUGGCUGGCAACCAGGUUGAUGCGGCCGCGAACGAAGACGGCAGCGAGGACGACGAGGCCAGCGGGCUGCUCGAGAAGCUGCUGGAAGUUAUACAAAACGACCCAAGCGCAGAUGUGAGAAGGUCACUUCUCGUCAAUCUCCCCAUUCUUCCUGCCACUCUGCCAUACUUGCUCGAACGCGCCAGAGAUCAGGAUGCUCUGACUCGUAGAGCGGUAUACUCGCGACUGCUACCCGCCCUUGGCGAUUUCCGACAUCUCUCACUCUCAAUGAGAGAGAAGCUCCUCAGAUGGGGUCUCCGUGACAGAGACGAAAAUGUUCGCAAGUCUGCGGGAAGGCUUUUCCGCGAACGUUGGAUCGAAGACUGCGCUGGUGUUCCGCCGCCCGAGGAGGGGGCGCCGCCUGCGGAACCUUCGCCGCCAAACUUUGACGGUCUCCAUGAGCUCCUGGAGCGUAUCGACGUCGUGAACUCCGGCGUGGAGAACGGCGUGGCGCUCGAGGCGAUGAAGGGGUUCUGGGAAGGUAGACCCGAUUACAGAGAAGCCGUCACAUUUGAUAAGAACUUUUGGGAGACGCUUUCUGCUGAGUCUGUCUUCACGGCUCGCAGUUUCAACGACUUUUGCAGAACCGAGGGCAAUGGCAAGUUCGAGUCUCUGGUCGAGGAAAAGCUGCCGGAAGUGACCACCCUCGCGUUCUAUCUCGAGAGAUACCUUGGCGUCCUGAUUGAGGCUAUUAAGAGGGUGUCUCAAGCAGAGGGCGAGGAGGACGAAGAGGAAGACACGGUAGAGCAGGAGUUCAUCGUCGAGCAGAUGCUCCAUAUCGCCAUCACUCUUGACUACUCCGAUGAGGUUGGCCGUCGCAAAAUGUUUGCUCUCCUCCGCCAAUCCCUUUCAGUCCCUGAGCUCCCCGACGACGUAACAAAGCUUACGAUCAAUGUUCUCCGAGACAUAUGUGCUCCGGACAAUGCCGGCGAGAAGGAAUUCUGUUCUGUAGUGCUGGAGGCCGUUGCCGACGUUCACGAUACUAUCGUCGACGACCCAGCACCAGAUGACCGCACCGAUGAUAGCUUUCACUCGGCGAGGUCCGAGGUCAGUGGCGACACCACACCCACGAGGAGUGGAAGCCGGAAUAAGAGCCCUGAGCUCAGUGAAGAAGAAGCCAGGGCAAAGGCGGUUAAGGAGAUCAUGAUCAACAUGAAGUGCCUACACAUUGUGCAGUGUAUGUUGUCAAACGUCGCCGGCGACCUGCAACAGAAUGACCACCUGGUGUCGAUGCUUAACAAUCUUGUCGUCCCAGCUGUGCGGAGUCACGAGGCACCGGUUCGUGAGAGGGGUCUUGUCUGCUUGGGCCUCUGCUCCUUGCUCGACAGGUCACUGGCCGAGGAGAACCUGACGCUCUUCAUGCACUUCUUUACCAAGGGCCACACUGCCCUCCAGAUCACCGCGUUGCAAAUUCUCACUGACAUCCUCAACGUCCAUGGCGCUCAACUCCUCAGCUCAACACCAGCAUUACUCAAGGUCUACAUCAAGGCUCUCAAGUCGGGAGUUCGGUCACCUGAAGUCCAGGCUGCCGCAACCCUAGCGGUAUCCAAGCUGCUGCUGGGACGUGUCGUCACUGACACGGAAGCUUCGGCGGAAAUGCUCAAGACGCUGGUUGUUCAGUACUUCGACCCCGUCACUGCUUCUAAUCAAAGUGUCAGGCAGGCUCUCAACUAUUUCUUGCCUGUAUUCUGCUACUCGCGUGCGGAGAACCAGGAUCUCAUGCGUACCGUCGCUCUGGAUGCCCUCCACGCGUUGUUGAACGUCCGCGAGAACUUGGAGGACGAUGACGCUGAUGUAAAUGAGGAGAUGGAGAGUCUGACGACCAUUGGUGCUUGCCUGGUGGAUUGGACGGAUCCUCGCAAGUGCUUCAACCCUGCUACGGGGCUUGAUUUGGAGAAAAAGACUGUCAAUGGUGACAUUCACCUAGAAUUCGCCCUGGACAUUCUGGACCGCUUGGGCGCAAACUUGAGCAAGGAAGAGAAGAAGGUGGUCGCUCCUCUCCUCGGAAAGUUGUACAUCUCGCCCACGAGUACCGAGGAGAAAAUCAGGGAAGUCUAUGACGAGGUCACCAUCGCCGUCAACGACAAACUCGUCUCCGACACCACGGGCCGCAACGCCCUCAACAAGAUCCACGUCAGCCUGGGCAAGAUUGUCGCCAACCUCGGCGAGCAGCAGGAAGGCGAGCCGCGCCGCAUGAGCAGAAGCGUCUCCGUCGCCGCGUCGGUUGCUGGCUCCGUCGCGCCGUCCGUUGCCGGUUCUGUCGCUUCAUCUCAGAGGCACGACGCCGACGAAGACAAGACUGUCACCUUGGAGCCUGAUAUCAAGGAGGAAGACGAGAACAGUGAUGACACUGUGAUCCAGAACACUCGGCAAGAUGAUGGUAACUCUAUCGUGAGCGAGCUGCUGUCGGAUGAGGAGGUCGCGUGA